CAGGCGAUUGAAUGGCUGCCUCGUCCAGAGAGUGCACAUUCUGUUUUGCUGUAAUUAAUUUUACGUUACUUGGUGAUUUACACGUGAAAUAUUCUCUGCCUCGUAUAAUUUGGAUUGUUGAAAACAUAGCAAUAGCAACAACAGCAGCAACAGCAAUAUACGAAAUUUUGAAAUGGAAAAAGGCGCGUACGGAUUAUUGUGUCGCGCAGAGAGAAAUAAUGGGGCUGAUGAAGGAGCAAUGGACAUGGUACCUAGUGAAGAAAAAGUGGCCAUCCUGGAUGCAGGGGCACAAUAUGGUAAAGUAAUAGAACGAAAAAUUCGUGAACUGAAAGUUUACAGUGAAAUUCUGCCUCUUGACACACCUGCAUUCACCCUUCAACAGAAAGGCUAUAAAGCUAUUAUAAUUUCUGGAGGGCCAAAUUCAGUAUAUGCAGAGGAUGCACCUAGAUACGAUGCAGAUAUCUUUAGAAUAGGAAUUCCAGUACUAGGUAUUUGUUAUGGGAUGCAAAUGAUGAAUAAGGAGUUCGGUGGUACAGUUAUUCGAAAAGAAGGCAGAGAAGAUGGUCAGUUUUCAGUUGAAAUAGAUUCCAAGUGGCUGUUGUUUAAGGGCUUGGAGAGAUUACAAAUGGUACUGUUAACACAUGGUGACAGUAUAGAUAGGAUGGCCGACGGUUUUCGUGUUAUUGCCAGGUCAUCAAACUUUAUAACAGGAAUAGCAAGUGAUAAAAUGAAUUUAUACGGGGUUCAGUUUCACCCAGAAGUAGAUCUUACACCUAAUGGCAAAACAAUGUUGCACAAUUUUUUGUUUCUUAUUGCUGGCCUCUCUGGUAACUAUACGCUUCACAGUAGAGAGGCAGAAUGUAUUCAAUACAUCAAAGAUACUGUUGGUGACAAGAAAGUUCUGUUGUUGGUGAGCGGUGGCGUGGAUUCAACGGUAUGCGCAGCACUGUUACAUAAAGCUUUAAGCAAGGAGCAAGUCAUAGCUCUGCAUAUCAAUAAUGGCUUCAUGCGGAAAGCAGAGACACAAUUUGUGGAGAAAAGUUUGGCGCAAUUGGGAGUUCGGUUAAAAGUUAUUAAUGCUGGUCACUAUUUCAUGCAAGGAACUACAUCGGUUCCCCUGGAUAAUGUCACUCCAGUAGCCAAUGCCAAUGUUGUACACAAUAAAGGAACAUGCGGAACAGGAACUAGCCCAAGAACUAGAUUAACUAAAAUGCUAUGCGCAACGAUCAAUCCAGAAGAAAAACGAAAAAUUAUAGGAGAUGUUUUUGUAAGAGUAGCAAACGAGGUGAUGGCGGAAAUGGGAUUAAAAGUGGACGAAGUCUUUCUUGGACAAGGCACACUUAGGCCUGACCUAAUAGAAAGCGCCAGCACAUUAGCAAGUGGUAAAGCGGACGCGAUAAAAACACAUCACAAUGAUAGCGAACUCGUGAGAGCGUUGAGAGCACAGGGACACGUAGUAGAGCCCUUGAAGGACUUUCACAAAGACGAAGUGAGGCAAUUGGGGUAUGAACUCGGGCUGCCAACUCCCCUAGUAGCUCGCCAUCCUUUUCCUGGACCCGGAUUAGCUGUUCGUAUUCUGUGCGCGGAUGAACCUUACAUGGAUAAAGAUUUCUCAGAAACGCAGGUGAUAGUGAAAAUAAUGGCAGAAUACGAGCAAAUGCUUCAAAAGAAACACGGACUACUGAAUCGUGUAGAAAGCGCGACCAAUGAAUCCGAACGCCAACAUUUGCGGCAAGUUUCGAGUCGUCGUCAUAUCGCUGCAACAUUGUUGCCUAUACGUAGUGUAGGAGUACAGGGAGAUCGAAGAAGUUACAGCUACGUCGUGGGAUUAUCUAGCGAAGAAAACACGUCGGACGGAAUAGAAUGGCAGGAUUUGUUGUUCCUGGCGAAAUUAAUUCCGCGAGUAUGUCACAAUGUGAAUCGCGUGUGUUACAUUUUCGGCCCUCAGUUACAUCAUCCGGUGACGGAUAUCACACCGACUCAUCUUACGUCGAAUGUGAUAGCCACGCUUCGAGAAGCGGAUCAUGUAGCGAACCAAGUGUUAUCCAGUAAGGACUGCAUGGGGGCUAUCAGUCAAAUGCCAGUAGUUUUAAUUCCCGUACACUUUGAUCGUGACGCUGCUUCUCGGAUACCUUCAUGCCAACGUUCAAUCGUUCUUAGGCCGUUCUGUACUAAUGAUUUUAUGACUGGCACCCCAGCUAUCCCGGGCAAAGAAUUGCCGGUGCAUGUGGUGAAAAAAAUGGUGAUCGAAAUAUCUACAAUACCCGGUAUCUCGCGUGUUUUGUACGACUUAACAUCUAAGCCGCCGGGAACUACUGAAUGGGAGUAGUAAACGCUCAUCCCUAACUCAACCCUUUCUAUUUUUUCACCAUCCCUGCGCGUAACGACUACAAAG